AUGUGGUCCGAACACAGUGUCCAAGAUGUACACGCCGGUCACGCUCGGCGUGUACAGGGAGAUUGUGUCGCGCCGCACUUGGACGCCGGGGCGGGUACUGAACGCGUUGGCAGCCAGCCGAGCCACGGCAACGGCAGGCUCCAAGGCACUUCGAUUGGAACACGGCGCCCUGGUAAAGGCCUCUUCUCGACCAUCGACGGCGCCAACGCGGCACGCUGGGCAUGGAUUCUGCCGGAGAUCGGCGAGGAGGACGACGUUAUGAAGUACGUCGACUGGUUCGUGGCCAAGGCGAGGGCGCACUCCGACAUGGUGCCGGCGAUCCAGGUCUAUACGGCAUGGACCUUGGCCAUGGCACUCAGGAACAGCACAUCCUUCGGCGAGGCCACGAGAACACAUCAUGAACGACAUGGCCACAUGGCAGGAGGUGGUCAUAGCCAAUGCCGCGCCGCCUCGCCGCAUCCCCACGACGACCCUCCGAACGGCAGCCUCGAGUUCUAUGUCAUUCGGGACUACAUGAGUCGAUAUGAUACUGGUUUGGCUGUGACGGUUCGAAAGGCAAAUCUGGGCAAGCGAGUUCCAUUGAAGGACAAUGUGAAAAUCAAAAGCAUCUGGAACUUGAUUGAGGCGGCUGCAAAAAGUGGGACCUCUUUGAGACAAGCCGUGAUUGUCAAGAAGCACGACGAAGGCAAAGACUUGCAUGGCCCCGGGCUGUCCCUAGCGGCGUCCCUUGCCGGCGCCGCCCUUCCAGCUGUUCUCGUCGGAGUUUUUGGUUCUUCUGGCCACCGCUCUGGCGUACUCUCGGCCUUCGACGGGAUGGGCACCGGACCUUGGAAUACAUGGGACCUGAUCGGCGAGCCCAAGGCCAUCAUCUCCUGGCAAGCCAAGUGCAUGGUCAUCUUCAUGGCGGCGCCGCCGUGCCAAGACUUCGCGCGGAUUGGCGACAGAGAGGGGCACGACGGCAACACAGGAUACCUGUUCAACUUGACGGCGCAGUUCAUCGGGGAGCUCCGCGACAUGAUCAAACCACGACGCAUGGGCAUCUUGGUGGAGAACGUCGAGAUGACACCUGCAGACGCUGCGGCGGCUUCGAGCCGGUAG